GAGAUCCCAACAUUUCUGCCUAUUAUGCGGGGAACGCUGGGACUGCCCGGCGCAAGGGACCCUGAAGUGUUAGAAGGCCUAGACUACCGGCCGUGGGUGCGUCUGACGUCACGCCUGCAAGCGCACUUGGCCGCGUGUGCGCAACCGCUCGCCGCCGACCAGAUAGCACUCGCCGGUAAAGUUAAGGAGGCGGAUACCGAAGUGUCCCGUCUUUACUCCCAGAUGGUGGACAAACAGCGCGCCAACGCGAGACACGCCGAGCGCCUGUCCCGCGUGCAUGAGGUGGCCCAUCAGCUGUCCCGGUGCAACUCGCUGCUUAACCAGACUCUUCAAGAUAUAGAAGAACUGAACCUACUGCUCCCAGAAGAGAAGAGACUGGAACCGUUCGUGUGGAGCGCCGAGCGGUGAAACUGUACAUAACAUCAUCAUAAAAAAAUUCAUAAAACUCAUUUAUUUCUGUAAGUAGGCUUUAAAAAAUUAACUUAAAAAAACCGACUUCAACAAAUCGUUCAAAUUGGUUCAUAAACGGCGGAGAUAUUGCGUAUAAAAAAGUUUAUCCCCAAUUUUCCACCCUUGGGGGUUGUUUUUUCUAUUGUUAAAUUUAAAUGGGACCACCCUUGAGGUAUUACCUAUACGCCGAAAAAAGAUUUGUUCAAAUCGGUUCAUAAUUGGCGGAGUUAUCGCGUAACAAACAUAGAAAAAAAAAA